ACACCACAAUGUGUCAUCUCUAGACAUCGAAAAAAACAUUCCAAUUUCUCUGCUGCGAUUUCACUUUCACAAAACAAAUUAAAGCUGCGCAAGCCGCUGCUGCCCAAUGGACAUUAUCAAUUAUUGAAUCCAACCGACCGAUAAUGGCGCUGAUAAGCCGGCGGCAUUGAGACUCAAAUACUCGACAAACAGCUACUGCCAGCUGUUAGAAUUAGCAAACAGUUGGAAUUUAUCGUAAGAAGCCGAAAAAAGACAGCUGAGCGAGCAUGGAUCUGAUUCAUCGCGCGCUGCUCACCGCCUUGGGUGCAGUUUCCGUGUUUUACGCCCUGGUCAAAAUCAGCCUGGGCUACUGGAAGCGACGCGGGAUUCUGCACGAAAAGCCCAAGUUCCUGUGGGGAAACAUCAAGGGCGUAGUGAACGGCAAGCGGCAUGCCCAGGACGCCCUGCGGGAAAUCUAUGCCGCGUACAAGGGCAAAGCGCCCUUUGUGGGCUUCUACGCCUGCCUCAAACCCUUCAUCUUAGUGCUGGACCUCAAGCUAGUGCACCAAAUAAUCUUCACCGAUGCGGGGCACUUUACUUCGCGAGGUCUCUACAGCAAUCCCAGCGGAGAACCGCUGUCGGCUAAUCUCCUGCAGCUGGAUGGCCACAAAUGGCGUUCCCUGCACGCCAAAUCUGCAGAGGUUUUCACUCCGACCAACAUGCAUAAACUGUUGCCCACGCUGACACAAAUCUCCGCGAGAAUUCAAUGCGACCUGGGCAAGGAGAACCAGCAAACCCGCAACAUAAGCGAAUUAGUGGGUGUCUACAGCAUGGAUGUGAUGGCUUCGAUGGCCUUUGGAUUGGGAGGCCAGGAUCACCAGGAGUUUGCCAAGUGGACGCGCAACUAUUGGGGCGGCUUUAAGCUGUGGCAGGCGUACCUGGCGCUGGAGUUCCCGCUCAUAGCUCGGUUACUGCAGUACAAAAGCUACGCAGAGCCGGCGAUGGCUUACUUUCAAAAAGUGGCCUUGUCGCAAAUGCAGGAACAUCGGCGGAGGGAUCGCCAGCCGCUGCAGACUUUCCUGCAGCUGUACUCAAAUGCCGAUCAGCCGCUCGACGACGUAAAGAUUGCGGCCCAGGCCUUUGGAUUCCUUCUGGCGGGCUUGGGUCCCCUGAAGGCCACCCUGGGAUUCUGCCUCUACGAGUUGGCCCGCCAUCCAGAGCUGCAAGAUCGAUGCAGACUCGAGAUAAGAAAGACGCUGGAGCAGCACAGUGGCCAAGUGACGCCGGAGUGCCUUAGAGAGCUAAAAUUUACGAAGCAAGUCCUAAAUGAAACGCUUCGCCUGCACACGCCGUAUCCCUUCCUGCUGCGUCGCGCUACCAAAGAAUUCGAGCUGUCCGGAUCGGUGUUCGUCAUUGCAAGGGGCAAUAGUGUGCUAAUACCCACGGCGGCGAUACACCGAGAUCCGGAGGUUUAUGAGGAACCCGAGCGAUUCGAUCCGGAUCGGUUCGAGGAAGAGGCCAAGCGAUCCCGGCCCCCGGCUGCCUUCCUGCCUUUCGGUGAUGGCCUGCGGGGAUGCAUUGCCGCUCGCUUCGCGGAGCAGCAGCUGCUGGUGGGUCUGGUGGCGCUGCUGAAGGACCACAGAUAUGCCCCCUGUGCAGAGACCACGAUUCCCAUGGAGUACGACAACCGGAGACUGCUCUUGAUGCCCAAAUCGGACAUCAAACUCAGUGUGGAACGGGUGGAUUAGCUUUAGAGUGCUCCCUCUGUAGGAGUAACGCCUAUUUUGUAUUGUUUGCUUCGGUAUUGCUUUACUGUACAAAGCGUUUAAGAUGUUUUUAUAUUUGUAUAUGCACUUAAUUCGUUGAUUUCCUUAAGCUGUGGACUUGUGUGAUAAUGCUGACGAUGACUUUUAUAAUCUACUGCACCAAGCUCAACAACAUGAACAAAUAAAUACCUUAAUUGUUACAUUAA